GAUUCUUUUGGUCCAGUAGUUGCAUGUUACUAUGCGCUUGCAAAAUCUGUCAUAAGCCCUGCUUUCGGUGCCUUGCCAACAAGGAGCGAGCUGAUUGUUGAUAAUUUACCGCACUGGAUUAGAGCGAGGGAGACGCGUCGUUUGAUUUAAGGGCUCAGUCAGCUCUGUCUACUGAGAAACACAUUUUUAGGACUUUCCAUUUUCUGAUUUGGUGACUUGACCUUUCUAAAAACCUUUCCAAGCGAUAAAGGGUAGCAGAUCCCUAAACAGGAUGUCGCUCAGCCAUAAAUGCGCAAACGGAGUCGUUGUCAGCGCUCAUGCCUGGGUUUUACGCAGGCACCGCGAUGCAAGUCAGUUUCACUUUCAGGAGGGAAAUGCUUCAGCCGGAACAUGAUUGCCAUUCAAAAUAUGUAUCGUUUGCGAUGCUGCUGUGUUUUUGAUAAUAAUUUUGUGGCUUACGAAGUGGCAUGGCAUCCAUGACGUCAUGGAGCAGCUGGAAGAGGAGCUGACCUGUCCGGUUUGCUGUGGACUCUUCGAGGACCCGCGGGUGUUGCUGUGCUCACACAGCUUCUGCAAGAAAUGCCUGGAUGGACUCUUGGAAGGAAUCAGGGGACCAGCUUUCAGAAUUCCCAUCAAAUGCCCCACAUGCCGCAAAGAAACCCCCCACAACGGCGCAAAUAGCCUGCAGAUCAACUAUUCUCUGCGCGGAAUAGUUGACAAGUUCAGCAAAAUAAAGGUGAUGCCAAAAAUGAAGGUUUGUAAACAACACUGUGACCAGCCCCUGAAUAUGUUCUGCGCAACUGAUUUGAGGCUCAUUUGUGGCUUUUGCGCAACGACGGAUGAGCAUAAAGGGCACGGAUUCUGCUCCCUGGAUGAUGCUUAUGAGCAAGAGAAGAAGGCAUUUGGAGAGCUGCAGCAUGAGGUGAAGAGCUGGAGGAGCGCGGACAUGCUGUCCUGUCUGGAGACACUACAAGCAAGUAAGAAAAAGGCGCUCCGGUCCAUCACCAAGGACGCAGAGAAAGUGGCAGACUAUUUUGAUAAACUCAUCAGUUCCCUCGAGUGCAAAAAGAGCGAGAUCCUGUCCGAUUUUGAAACCCUGAAGUUGGUGGUGAUGCAGGCGUACGACCCGGAGAUCACCAAGCUGAGCGCAGCGCUGGAGGAGCAGAGAGGUGCGCUCAGCAUCAUCGAAUCCUUCAGGAGCGCAUCCGAACCCCUGUGCUUUCUGCAGCAGAUGCAAGAGUUCCGAGAGAAAAUGAAAGUCCUCAAGGAGACUCCCCUGCCCUCACGCAAAGACAUGGACGUCGGGCCACUUGUGAGCGAGUUUGACGUGAAAAGGUGGGAUUCUCUCAGGCUCAGUGAAGUGGACAAGAUCUCAGUCCCGUGUGAGAGUGGUUCCAGAACGCGAUCCGCAUGGAUCACGGUGCGCAGAUGGAUCGUUUUAUUCCUGAUCACGCUGCCGAUGUCACUCCUCAUCCUGCCGCUGCUGCUGGACACUACAGAAAUGACCUCAAUGAUCCAAGUGUUUCCCACUAAACGUUCUUUGCACGCUGACGCCUACAUGCGAAAAGUGACUGAGAUAUGCGCAGAUAUGGUGGAUGCAGGUCAGGAAUAUGUCAACAAGUUCAUUGACAGCACUGUCCACUUUAUGCACAGAUGUAAAUUAUAAUCUUCAUUUCAUUUUAAAUAUAACAUCUAAAACUUAUAAUUUAGUGUUUACAAUCUGUCUUUUGCCUCAAACGAGCCUUAAAAUCAACCUCAUUUUUCAGUCCAACACUAAUUUACUUCACCUUUUACUAAAUCUGGUAUUCUUUUGUACCUUUUUUUAUAUAUCUGAACACAAAUAAACCCGAGAAAUUUGA